AAAUUGAAGAAAAGAAAGUUUUGGCUCUAAAAGUUGCUAGCUGUACUUUUACAGAUAUUUAUGAAAUCAAGUAAAAAGCUGCCAUCAGAUUUUCCCAGGGCUGAACAUGACUUUAAUGAUAUAGCUGAAACUAUAAUGACUGCAUUUCUGCAAGACAAUAAUUGCAAUGGAAGAAAGAAAACUGUCGGGAUCCCCAAUAAACUUGUUUAACCAGACUAAAAGUUCAAACAAAAUGUGGAAGAGGAUUAUAGUGAAUUGUGUGUUUUAUAAAUUCUUUUAAAUGUGUGGAAUUUUAUUAUGGGAGUAAAUUGGAGUGUUAUCAUUGUUUGUUAUUUUCUUGGAAUAUCAUUUUAUGUAGCAGGAAGCAGACAAAAAGAUAAAUACAAGAGUGCUCCACAAGUUGCUGACAUUGACUUUCGACAGAACUUAGUUUCGUUAGUAGGAGAUAGAUUAAAACUCCCUUGUAAAGUGAUAGGCAGUCCAAGACCUUUUAAAAUAUGGUAUAAAGACCAGCGACUACUGUCUUCAAAGUAUGAUAGCAGGUACAAGUUUGGAAGAAAUGCAUUAACAAUUGACCCAGUGGAAAAGAAUGAUUCUGGAAUUUACAACUGUCAUGCAGAAAAUGGCAUUGGUGAAUUAUGGAUUAACUUUACUGUGAAAGUGUUGACCGAAGAAGAAGUAGAGGAUUAUGAUGGGGAAGAAUACGAUGAUCCUGAUGGAAAAUGUCAAGAAGGUCCACCAAUUUUUAAAGAUAAAACUAAUGGUGAGUGGAUUGCCAGACCAGAAAUGUCUCCUGUGGAAAUUAAAUGUGUUGCUUGUGGAAAACCAAAGCCUACAAUUAAAUGGUUCAAAGACAAACAGUUCAUUGACCCUGGUGUCACAGGAGGACGGUACAAUGUUCGAGAAUACCAACUAAAGAUCGAUAGACUUCUGAAAUCUGAUGAAGGCAACUAUACAUGUGUUGUUGAGAAUGACCUUGGAAAAUUGAAUUUCACCUACAAACUUGAAGUUCUAAUGAGCAGAAUUACAAAACCAGUAAUAGUGGGACCAACAAAUCAGACAGUCCAAGCCGGGAGUGAUGCUAGGUUUGAAUGUAAAGUGUUAAGAAAUGACCUACAGCACCAUACACAGUGGUUACAACACUACACAGUCAAUGGUUCUUAUAGAGAUGAUGAAGGACAGCCAUAUGUCAACAUUAUACAGCAAUCCAUGGUGAAUGUAAGUCAACCUGAAAUACUGAUUAUAAGGAAUGUAACUAAAGAUAAUGCUGGAUGGUAUACAUGUUUGAUUUCUAAUCCACUUGGUAGAGAUUAUCAGAGUGCCUGGCUAACAGUUAUAGAUAAACAACCAGAAGCAGUAGCCAGUAGAUCAGGGGAGACAAACAAUAAGGAGCGAAUAGUUAUAUACAUUAUUGGUGGUGUCACAUCAGUAGUUGUUCUCAUCCUGUUACUCUUGAUCUUUAUAUGUUAUAGACGUUACAAGAGGGUCCAGUCUGGCAAAUACAGAAAUGUCAAAAGAGUAAUUGUCAUGAGACAGAAUGAGAUUUACUAUCCAGACAAGUCUUAUGAUGGCACUCAGCCACUGGUUCUACCAACAAUCAGAAUUGAACCUGGUCCAAGACGACGCUUGUCAUCAGAUUUGACAAUGAUGUCAGAGUAUGAUCUCCCUCUUGACAAACACUGGGAAUUUGGAAGAGAAAAGCUAUCACUUGGUAAACCACUUGGAGAAGGAGCAUUCGGUCUGGUAGUGAAAGCAGAAGCUGUUGGUUUAAAUAAAGCUCCAACAACACUACCUGUCGCAGUCAAGAUGUUGAAGGAGGAUGCAACUGACAGAGAAUUAACAGAUUUGAUACAAGAAAUGGAAGUGAUGAAAUUAAUCGGAUGCCAUAAAAAUAUCAUUAAUCUGCUGGGAUGUUGUACACAAAAUGGACCGUUAUAUGUUUUGGUUGAAUUUGCACCACAUGGUAACUUGAGAGACUUUUUGAGGUCAAGAAGACCACCUAAUUCUGCUGGAUACGAAAAGCCAGGUUUGGAAAAGGGUUCUUCAAGACCAUUAACAGAAAAAGAUUUAAUAUCCUUUGCAUACCAGAUAGCCAGAGGAAUGGAAUACCUUGCAUCUAGACAGUGCAUUCACAGAGAUUUAGCUGCAAGAAAUGUGUUAGUUGCUGAAGACUAUGUACUAAAAAUAGCAGAUUUUGGUUUGACCAGAAAUCUGACCAAUGUGGAUUAUUACAGAAAGACUGGAGAUGGUCGUCUACCUGUGAAAUGGAUGGCUCCAGAGGCAUUAUUUGAUAGAAAAUAUACUUCCAAGAGUGAUGUUUGGUCCUAUGGAGUCUUGUUGUGGGAGAUAUUUACACUCGGUGGAAAUCCUUAUCCUUCUGUACCAGUCGAAAGAUUAUUUGAACUUUUAAAAGAAGGUCAUAGAAUGGACAAACCUCCAUAUGCUUCGGAUGAAAUUAAUAGAAUGAUGCAGUUCUGUUGGCAUGAGUAUCCAUCAGGGCGACCAUCUUUUAAUAAACUUGUUAAUGAGUUAGAUAAAAUGUUGACUGGAUUGGCCAACAGGGGUGAAGAAUAUUUAGAUUUAGAACCACUAGAAAGUCCUACAAGUAUGUCUGAUAGCCAGUAUUCUUCUAUGUCUCGUAGCUCAAGUAAUUACGAUGUAACGAGCAACAGUACGGACUCUGAAUCUUCAUGAAUGUAACAGUAUACAUCCCAUCAUAUCAUAGUCUCUCUCAUGUACGAGGCAUUCACUGACAACUGUGUCUCAUACAACUAGGCAGCGAUUGUUUCAUAAUCUCAUUCAUCUGGAUGUCUUCCACAUUGUGUAGACGAAAAAAACAGCAUGUGCCAAUUUUAUUUUUCUCAGCUUGCUACUUGAGCAAGUGUUUUAAUAUGUAGUAACUCUUUUAUAAAGGAGAUUAAAAAAUGGACUUAUUUGCCACAGUGUGUUCAAAGAAUAUUGGAUUAUUCUAUUGUGUUCAAAGAAGACAACCAUUUUAUUCAAUCUCAUGUUUUUAUUACAAUAAGUGCUACAGUGAACAAAAAAGACGGGUUUUUGUUGCUGAAAUGUUGUAACCUCAUUGACACCAAAGACAAAGACGUAUAUUUGAAAUCCAGUGUCUGAUUUGUCAGUGAUUAUUUAUGUGAUUUGUGUUUGAUCAGGAUUAUAGUUGAUCAUGAUUUGUACAGUUAAUCAUGAUUUGUACAUGAACUUAUUUCAAGUCAUUGUAAGGCCAUUCCAUUUUAGAAACCUAGUAGCAAGCCCAUUGAGUUUUCUAUAUAUAGAUCAUGGGUUAAUGUUUCAGAACUACAACUUAAGGAGUUGUCACUUAAUUUUAAUCUUUAUCUGUUGAUUCUGCUAGAGGAAGAUAAAAUGGAAGCCUUUAUUGUCUUGAGGUACAAUUAGGUUUUAUUAAAAUACAGAAAUUUUAGUUGAUUUUAUAAUGAACUUUUAUAAUUUUUUUUACUGCAAAUAUGUUUUAUAAGCGAUCUGUUAAAUUUGCACUUUUUUCUCCACAUUUUCUAAGACAAAUUUUUUACAACGAAGUGAAGCUUACAAGACAGGACUGUUAAUAUUGUUAUGUUUGUUUUAUCAUUCUGCAAGUAGGAAUGCAGAAACCACAAAAACUAAUGUUUUUUAACUGGCUCAUAUGCUUAGUGGCAUUAUACACGAUUUUACAUUUGAUUUUGGUUAUGUAGCAGUUACCUUAGUAUACAUUUCAACAAAUAUUCAUUUAAUUUUUUCGAAGAAGAAACUUAAGUAAAUUUGGAUUUGUUUAUGCAAAAAAUACAAAGUUAUAUGUUCUGUCUUCUCAAGAAAAAGAUAUAUAUAUAUAUUAAACUUGGUAAUGCAAUAAAUUAAUUUGGAGUAAUAAAGGAAUUUGUAAACAUGGUAAAGCAGAUUCGAUUGCUCUAUAAACUAAAAAUGAUUAGUGAGUGAAAAAUAGAGUUCUAACUUUAACACCUUAAAAAAGAGUUGCUAGCCAACUAUGAAUGAUAAAUCAAACAAAACAGAAACAACCUGUGUCAAAUCGGGUACAAAUCAUGCAAUGGAACAAAGUAUUUUGUAAUUAUGGUCCAAUUAUGGACCACUUGGUGUAUAUAUAUAUGACCAGUAUGUAUUAUUAUGUUGAUGCAUAUAUUGUUAACAAUUAAUAAAUUUUAUGAUUCUGAAGUACAGAGUUUAUUUUUAGACUUGACAAUGAUGUAAAUGUUUUCUCUUUGUGUUCAUUGUUAAAUUAUGGCCAGGUGACGCCAUCUGUUGCUUACUUAUUAUUUCACUUGUUAAAACCUUAUGUAUCAAUGUUGCUCCUCUUUUGUGAUUUUUGUACAUAAUUGUUUUUUAUACUAGAACUGUUAUGUAAAUGUUAGAAUCCCAGUUCUGAUGAAAACUUUUUUUUACAUGUGACAUACAUGAUAUGCUUUCAUAUCUUUUAAAAGUUGUUUCUCUUCUGUUGUAUUUGGAAUUAAUCAAUUUCAAAUUUUAGUGAUCAAUUUCAGAAUUCAAGUUCAGAAACAAAAUACACCUGCAGAGAAAAAAAAUGCAUUAAAAUUGAAGAGAAGAAAAAAUCUUAAGAAUAUCACUUCUUCAACUUGCACAUAUAAAUGUCUAAAAAAUAAAUGUUCAAACACUUUUUUUCAUUUGAUGGAUAUUCUUUAAUUUUGUUAAUCUUGUCUCAUUUGAUAUGGUUAAUUGAAAUAUAAAAUUAUCAUUUUCCUAAUAUCUUUCAAUAAAAAAUUAUAGCAAGUUUCUUACAAGCAGUUUCAUGGGCCAUAUUCAUCCUGUGUAAUUACAGAAAACAUUUGUGAGUAAAAUAAUACUGAUUAGUAUUUUGCAUAAGCAUUUAAAAUAUACUUACCAUAUUACUUAACAUGUACAAGGUUGUAGAUUUGUCCGUCCAUUUUGGUUGAUUUUAAUUAAUUAGUGACUUCUCACUUUCAACCCCUUGCAAUUAACUGUGUUUUGCAAAUAGCUGUAUUAAUAGCAAUGAAGGUUGCAGAAAAAUUUUAAACGAUCAGUUUGUAUUUUAUCUUAAUGUACAAGAUGUGCAAAUAAUUGAUUCAGGGGUAAAUUAAUUUUAAACUGCUUACCGUACAAUUAAUCUAAUAACUUACAGUAUGCAGCACAUAAUUAAGAAAAUAUACAUGCACAUAGAUUAGACUUUCUGUGGCUCCUGUUGCGUUUCUGAAGGGUUUCAUGUCUUUUUUAUUAAUUAAACAAGAAGUUUAAUUGAUAAUAAAGUAAUAGAAGAUUUGAAAUUAUAAUUGUACAUAAAGUUAAAUCUGUAAAGGAUAUAGAAGAAAUGUCUAAAGAGAGUCACAGAAAGUGUAGGAAAAUAAUUGUAUUAGUUUUUUUUCAAUGGAAAAUGAUCUCAGAUAUAUAGCCCUACAAAAAUGAACCUUUUGCUUGUUACAGUAUUUAAUCAGUUUUGUAUAGUUUUAACACUGCCUUAACUUUUAUGCUUUGCCUGAUUGUGUUCACUAAUUUGGUUUAACUUUUAUUUUUCAGUUUUAAAAACUGCCGACUUUUUCUCGUUGAAAAAAUCAAAUUCAUUUAACACUGCCAGUUAUUAUUAUUUUAAUUCAUCUAUUUAACUUUUUAAAUUUCAUUUUAUUUAUGUUGAAAUUCAUCAGAUUUGUUGGGCAUUUUACAUAAAAUUCUGUUGUGUUCAUUUUUAAAAACAAAUUCAUUUUAUAUAUAAAUGUGUUCGAUGUGUAAGUUUACUCUACCUAUUUUAAACCAAUGUUAAUCAUGUUGUUGUUUUAAAUUUUUUUGUAUAUUUUACAAAUGUUUAUGAUAUUUUUCAUCCCCCCAUAACUGUUUUUAACGCAUUAGUUUCAAAGUGAUCAAAUUAAUUAUGCAAAAUUUGGAGAAAAUAAUUGAAAUAAUUUCGUUCAUAAACUUUAUUAACUUUUAUUAUAUGAAUAACUGUUUUAAGUUUAAUUAUUGACAAGUUCUUAAUAUUGGACUAUUUGAAACAUUUUGUAAUUUAAUAAUAAGGCCACAAAAUUUAAAAAAAUUUAUGUUGUCGGACAUUAAAUGCACAUGUUUGUGCUUUUUUGUCCAAACCAACAUAUAAAAUUAUUUUAAUAAAUGUCUCAGUAUUUUUUUAAGUAUUACCUUAUGCAAGAGUUUAUGGUGCAGAAUUAUUUGUCUAUGCAGUUCAUUUGUAUAAAUAUUGCCAAAAGUGUCUGGAGUUACUGUACAAGCUUACCAAGUUUUAUUAACCUCAGUCUCUUAAUUGAAGCCUGCCUUCUCUGGCAUAAAUCUUUAUAUAGCAAUACUGGUUUAAUGCAUUCAUUUAAAUUGUACAUGGAAAUUGUUUGAUAAAUGUAUCUGCCACAUGGUUAUGAUGGUAGCAAGAGCAAUGAACACAAUUUAUUUAUAUAUUAAAUUUCUUAACCAACACUUGGUGAAUAGGGUUUAUUAAGCUAACAAAGUGAUUAAAUCUUUUUAAAUGUUUUUUUUUUUCUAGUAUACUGUUUUGAUAAUUUUGGAAAUAUAUAUACAUAUGUGGUUGUUGAUAUAUUCUUUUUUUUACUAUCUGGACCAUGGAUGUCCUUUUCAAAUUUUAUUUCUCGUUGUUUCCAUAUCUGCAGGAAAACAGAUGCUAUUUUCGAUUAAUUUGUAUUCUUUUGAUAGAAUUUCAAAUUUUAUUACACUCCUGUUACUAGUAAAAGAUAUUUGAUUGCAUGUUUUUAAAUUUAACAAUCACUGCAAGAUGUGUAUUUGAAAAAUCUUUUUAAUAGUUCAUAUUGAUGUGCUUUAUAUUAAGUUUUUUUGAAAAUUUGUUAUAAGUACUAAAAAAAUACCUCUGAAAGUUCACUAUUGGAUAAUAAAUAAACUUCUGAAAGUUCCUAACAUGAUUUGAAACAUAAAAAAACAAUGCAAAAUUUGUCAAUUUAUUACACAUUGUUCGCUCUCCCGAAACAAUAGGUACAGGUGAGCUUGUGUCAUCGUUUAUGGUUGUCAUGUAAUCACUUUUUAAAAAUCUUUUCCAUUAAAUAUAAUGGACUGAUGGCAUCAAAACCUUUGGAACGCCACUUUGUAACUUUUGGAAUUAUCCCUAUGGCUAGAUUGACAAUUUUCACCCAUUUGUUUUGGUAUUUCUGGCUAUAACUUUUAGAAUUAGAUACAAAGUUAUAAAACAGUAAAAUUAUUGAACAACAAAAGUUCUAAAUAGGUGGAGAUAACUUUUAUUUGUGCAUCCAUGUAUAAGAGUUAUUGCCACCUUAAUAACAUUUUUUUUAUAAAUUUCAUUUUUUUUUGCAAACAUCUUUAAAAUUUUCAAGACAAAUAAAGCAAACAGAAAAACUUACCAUCUAAACAGAAUUCCACUGUACAAGAAAAUCAUGUGAUUGAAAUCUUCAAUUGGUGAGCUUUCAAGGAUUAAUUUAUACUACUUGUAGUAGUUAUCUUAAAGGGUUUUGUUAUAAUACUUGUAAAAGUUAUCAAGUACUGUUAAAAAAGUCUAUAUUAGAAUAUGAUAGGAUAUGUGUUGAGUUGUUCAAAGGUCACAUUUGCUGUUAUAAACUCAUACUACAAAUGUACAACAUUGUGUUCAAUAAUUGUUAUGAAAUUUUCUAGUCUGAGUAAAACUGAUCUGUAACAAUAAAAGGUCCCAAUAAUCAAAUUGUUCAUGUCUUUGUUGAAUUCAGUUGUAUCUGAUAGAAAGAAUUACAUCAAUAAAAUAAAUGUUAACAAUUA